AUUUGAACUUUUUCCAAACCCCUUUGUUUUUUUCUUUUUUAAUUACCAUAAUCAUGUUUAAUUGAAUAUCAGUGACGUAAAUCCAAGGUUCGAGGUUACUAAAUCCUUAAAAAUCAUUGAUGGGUUCUGAAGUGUAAAGGCAGCUUUUUUCUAUUAUUCAUCGCUCUUUCUUCCAUUUGAUCUCCUCAAAAACUACACUUUUCAAGAAGAAUUUGGGGUUUUUCGAGUAUUAGUCGUGAAGCAUUGCAAAAGUGCUUCUUGUUGAUUAGAUAGCACUAUUGAGAUGAAGGGGUCGAAUCUUACAGAAAGAAGUAAAAUUUGAGACAACCCCAUUUGAGGAAGGUAAAAAAAUUGAGAGAUAAAAGAAUGAUUUGUCAAUGUAGUUUGGAAUCGUUAAGUGGGUACCCCAUAUUCAAGCGAAAGCUUCGGGUUUGUGCCUUUUGCAACUGGUUUUGGUGGACCAUAAUGAGAAGAAGGAGGAGGAGAUUGAUGCAAACUCGCCUUCAAUGGACCACUGAGUCUAUACUGUUCAAUUUUGUACUUGGGGGGUUAUUUUGGAGAGGCCAUUUAGAUGAAGUGAAAAGAAGUUUGAUAAAUCAACUUAUUCCUCUUUCUCUUUCUUCUCUCUUUUUUUACAGCAUUGUUUUCUCCUGAUUCAGAAUCUGGGUCAUUAUUGCUUCUUACGCUUAUCAAGUUUGGUUUCACUUUCUUUUUCCCUUUUCUGUUUGAGAAAAUGUAUGUUUCCUUUUGUUUCUCUGUUGGAUUUUUUUUUUACUUAGUUUGUUUUGGUGAUUUGAGGGACAUAUGAGUAGCAAAACAGGGAAACUUGGUUGGAUUGCAUGUCAUUAUAUUGAACUUCAAAGCUAACCUGCCAUUUUGGGAAGGGAAAUCCCACUUGGGUUUCUCUCUCUUUCUCUUUCUUUUUCUUCUGACCACAACUUAUUAACCUAGAGAUAGUUCUAAAAGAUAACAGAGGAAGCUGCAUGAAGAAUCAGAGAAACAAUGAGCGAUGAGAAUUCAAAGAAAAGCAAGCUUUCAUGGUCCAAGAAGAUGGUUACUAAAUGGUUCAAUAUCAAGAGCAAAAGUGGAUGUGGAGAUUAUCAGACAGAUCAUGGUGCUUAUGAAGAUAAAUCUAGUAAGAGCAUAGAGCAUAGCCAGCAUGGACGUAUGAAUAUCGACGAUCCUUGCAUAGAUGUUCAGAACUAUAGCAUUUUCGUUGCUACAUGGAAUGUUGGUGGCAGAUCCCCUCCUAGUAAUCUAAGUUUAGAAGAUUGGCUUCAUACCUCAGCCCCUGUAGACGUUUAUGUACUUGGAUUUCAAGAGAUAGUACCACUGAAUGCUGGUAAUGUGUUGGGCGCAGAGGACAGCGGCCCUGCCAGGAAAUGGCUAACCCUCAUUAAGAAGACGCUAAACAAUCAUCCUGGAACAAGUGGAGAUAAAGUGUGCUACAUGCCAUCUCCAAUCCCUGAGCCGUUCAUAGAAUUAAAUGAUGAAUUUGGGGAAUCAUUGAGGCUGAAGACCUCAUCUUACUCUCGUCGUCGAUCUUUUCAUACAAUGAAUAGUGGAAGACCAUCUAACGAGCAGUCAACUGCACUGCCUCAAUUUGAUAGAAGAUUUAGUGUCUCUAAUCAUGUGAUCUUCGACCACCGGCCUAGUGACUAUGAAUCCAGUUUCAGAUGGGGACACAGGCUAAGCAACUAUGCUAGGCAAAGUGAUUAUUGUGGGCAAAGCAAUGACUCAAGGCUAAGUGACUAUUCCAAAUGGGGAUCGUCCGAAGAUGAUGGAUGCCAUGGGGAUUUGACAAAUGAAACUUCAUUCUCACCACCGUUGUAUAAUGGAUCCACAUCCAAGGAAGAUGAACACAAGGUGUUGGGACGUUCACGGUAUUCCUUGGUUUUUAAUAAACAAAUGGUUGGCAUUUUUCUCACUAUAUGGGUCAGGAGUGAAUUGAAGGAUAGCAUACGGAACAUGAAAGUAUCUUGUGUUGGUCGAGGAUUGAUGGGCUACCUAGGAAAUAAGGGAUCAAUUUCAGUUAGUUUGUCUUUGCAUCAAACAAGUUUUUGCUUCAUCUGUAGUCACUUAACCUCAGGACAGAAACAGGGUGAUGAGUUAAGAAGGAAUUCUGAUGUAAUGGAAAUCCUGAAGAAGACCCGGUUUCGGUGUGAUCGAGGUUUGCCUCAUCAGAAGUCACCCCAAACAAUCCUUGAGCAUGAUCGAGUUAUCUGGUUUGGGGAUUUAAAUUAUCGAAUCGCUCUAUCUCACCGCUCUGCCAAGGCACUUGUUGAGAUGCAAAAUUGGAGAGUAUUGCUUGAGAAUGAUCAGUUACGUAAUGAGCAGAAUUAUGGUAGAGUGUUUGUUGGAUGGAAUGAAGGGAAUAUAUAUUUUCCACCCACUUACAAAUACUCGAAUAAUUCAGACCAAUUCUCUGGGGACGGUAUGUACUGGAAGGAGAAACGUAGGACUCCUGCUUGGUGUGACCGGAUAUUGUGGUAUGGACAAGGUCUCCAUCAGUUAUCGUAUGUCCGGGGUGAAUCUCGGUUUUCAGAUCAUAGACCUGUUUAUGGGAUAUUUUGUGCUGAGGUAGAGUCAAACCAAGGCCAGUUAAAGAAAAACAUGAGUUCUAGUUCCAAGAUUGAUGUGGAGGAGCUUUUACCAUAUACUCAUGGAUAUACUGAACUUAACUUCUACUGAAAGAGUGUAAUUGCUGGCACUGGUGUUUAUUGGCAGGAAAUUCUGAAUCUUUGGUCAAUCCGGUCCAUAUGCUUUGAAGUUCUUUACCAAAUUGCAGCUAUGAUGGUGAAGCAAACUUCAAACAGUUCCCCAAAAAUCUUUCAUGGAGGAUGUUAAAAUUGUUGGAAUUGGGUUGGAUUACAGAGCCACAGUGUUUUCCAACAGAUGUUUCUCAGUUUUUGCCAGCCAAAUAACAGGCAAAUGAAUACGCCAUACGGUCUAUGCCACCCCUCUUUGAAAUUUUCGACAUUCGGGGUACUACCAGCGUUCUCAAAAAAUGGAACCAAAAAUAGGGACAGCUAGAGCUAUUCGGGGGGAAACGGGUUGAAGAAUGAUCUUGAAAUGUUGGAAUGUUCGAUACAGAAGUACUGUGAGCCCAAUGCAUCAACCGGAAAACCUUAUAUUGUACUUCCAUUUGAAGCUGUAGGAUGGUCUGCUGGUCAAUUUAAACCAAUCCCAGAAACCGGGAAGUUUUUUUUUGUAAGCAUGUGUAGAUUUAUACCUCCAACCUCAUAGAAAUGCAUACCAAAUGCUGUCGAGGAAGAUCGAGAAUAGUCCAUUUUCUAUGAAGAGUUGAGAAACCUAAUGUGUUUAAUGAUCUACUGUACAUCAGCCCAAUCUCUAGGAAAAUGUAUGGCAUUUUACUUUGUUCAUAUUUUCCCAGUUAUUUCCAAUAGUGGCAAAGCAAUCCAAGAAAGUUGAAUGAUUAGAAAGGUCCAACAAGAUUUGUGGCUCAAGAUAAAUAUGUCCUAAAGAUAUGACUAUCAUUCGUUUGUUUGUCCAAAAUUUGAACUUGGUUCUUAUGGUUAUAGAAAAACUCAAAAAAAGAAAA